AAGACAUGUGCACGCUCCGACGACCCGGAUUAUUGACACAUCUGUGGUAGCCAUUGAAAUCAUGACAUAGCCCACGCUUGCAUAGCAGUCGGUGCCUUGCCGCGACACCGAUGGGCAUAUUCGUUGUCGGCGAUGAUUGUGACACCAAGUUGCGUGAGGGCCAGCAGGAGAACCGCAUCAUGAUCGUUUUUUCCCGCCGAAUGCAUUUCUUGCUCGCGCAGUAGUUCUCAUCAUCCGCUCGGUCGUUCCCUUUUCUCCCUGCAGCCCCUUGCUCCAACGACUCUGGCUCCAGCAAGGCCCGAGCAGCAUCAAGUCUGCCAGGCAGGCCACCAGCACCUGGGACGGCCAAACGUGCCACCAGCAACAUCCCAGCAACCACCCCAUAUCGUUUGGGACGGCAGCCAUGGCAUCGCUCCCCGCACCACCUGUGGCGGCCGUCGCCGAACAGGCGGAGAUGCGGCAGCCUACGCGUGGGGAGGCCAGCGGCCUCAGCGGCUCCAUUCAGGUGGCCAUCCCCGAGACGGCGGCAUUCGGCGCAGAGGCCGGCAGCACCACUGAUGCGACCGACGCGGAGGUGGGCGAAGCGGCCUCCAGGAUCCAGGGGCCUGGUGGACACGGAGGAGAGGGCCACCAGACGAUCGGGCUCCCGCUUCAGCGGUUGGCUCAAGAGCGGCUCCGCGAUGCCGGACGAGGAGGAGGAUUGGGGGGACGACGAGGGCAGCGCCCCCGCUGGCGAGGGCUGGUGCAAGGCGCACUGCGGCAAGGGCAAGGGGAGCGCCUGCUAUUGGUGUUUCGUGGUUGUGUUCGCGCUCUUCUUCUUCGAGUUCCCGCUCUUCCUGAAGUGGAUGUUGAUGAGCCCGAUGCCGAUCGAGUUCUGGAGAACGAGGACUACGACAAGUGGCCCGCCCUGCAGAACCAGACGUUCAUCAAGGCGGACACGUCCAGCCAAUACUCUAUCUCGAUGUCCAGGAUCCCGAGGACGACAUCUGGAUGCAAUCUGUCGUGCAUCGGCUUCGACGGCACAACCUCGUCUGGCUACAACGAGAUGAGCUUCAACGUCGACGUGACUUUGAACGCCACAGGGUUCGAGUACAGUGCCUUCCCCCUGCUGCUGGCCUCGAACGACUGGAGCAAUUGGUGGCUCGCGGCGGACAGGACGGACUCGACGCCCCACUCCUACUUCCCAAGCAGCAGCCCGGAGGAGUCCUCUGUGUACCGCCACGAGUGCACGCGGCCUCCGGAGUUCGACCGCGACAGCGAGGGCAACCCCGUGGCGCCCGCGGAGGUGAGGCCGGAGGAGCUGUACGCCUCCACGCCCACCUACGUCAUGGUUUGCGUCGUCUGGCACAGCGAGAAGGUGAACUGGCAUAACCAGCACAAUACCAUGGCACCGGAGGAGCUGGCCUCGCAGUGCGACUCGGUCGGCGGCGUCUGCGGGUGGUCCUGCGGCUCGAAUCCGAACGGCGGGAGCCUGCCGGGCUGCUCUGCUGGCUUGAUCGACGUGGAGGCCAACAGCGUGGCAGGCGUGCGGGUCCCAGAGGCCAGCUUCUCUGGGGCCGUCUCGGUGCGCGCGUGCACCGACGAGCCAGGCACGGAGGAGUGCACCACGACGUCCGCGCUCUUCCCCAAGUGGCCCUGCAGGCAGUGCGUGAGGAAGACGCCCGAAGCCAUGCGCGGCGCCGGCGGUCAGGGGGACGAGCUGGUCUAUUACGACAGCCUGCCCCGCAUGGAGGUGCUGCUCAAGGAUGCCGCCAUCAACGACGCGACGGCCGACGCCGCGCCCAGGGCUUAUAUCCUGACCUCCCCGAUGAACAUCGACGGGGCGGGCCCUGCGGGGAUGCUCAACGGCACCUGGACGAAGCUGUACGAUCCCAUCACGCACCCCGAGCCGCUCCCCGUCAGCGUCGCCGAGGCGCAGUGGGCGGAGGAGCCCGAGGUGAGCGGCGACGAGACGACGACCCUGCCGCCCACCGUCGACGACGUUGGCAGGCACAAGAUGCACUUCUUCCAGAAGAACAAGCUCAGCCUCAAGCCCUCCCGCUGCUUCGGGCAGAGCGGCCCGCUGUACCUCGUGGCGUGCGCCGUCAACGAGAGCACCUACAGGGACAGCUUCGAGAUGAUUCACGGGCAGACCGUGGCGCCGCCGCCCUUCAACGAUCGGUGCAUCGCCGUCACCGGCAGAUGCGCGCACGCCUGCAUGGACACGGAUCAGCCCCUGGAGCAUUGCACCGCCGACGGCUUCAUCAAGUUUGACGAGUUGUCGCAGGAAGACAUCGAAACGCCUACUAAUAACGACAUGGCGGUGAACAUGUUCGUCUUCACCCUGAUGGUCGGGUUCGCUGUGAAGCUAGUCACGUACUUGCCAGGCCUCUUCAUCCCCUACAAGCAUCCUAAGUAUUACGAUCCCUCCAUGACUGCUGAGCUGAAGUAUAUCGCCAUCUGCGCGCCGAGCGGAGGUGAGACGAAGGCGUGCGUGCUGCGCAACCUGGUCGGGGCAGUCUCGACGCUGCCCAAGAACUGCCAGUGCCCCUUCCAUGUGAUCUUCGCAGACGAGGGGCACCGCCACCCACAAAAGGUGAUGUUCAGAGCGCUGGCCAGUGUGCUGCACCACGUUCCCGACCACUGCGUGAACCAGACUAUGGCCGACAAUGGCCGCUCACCACGCCAGUCGAUGAGGAACUUCAAGGAGGAAAAUCUCAAGGCUUUCACGAAGCUCUGGGUGGAGCAGACGAGGAUGUGCAGAUUGGAUGGUUGCAACACCGACAAGAUUGCCAACAAAAUCAAGGCGCUCAAGAAGGGCUUGGAGGACCCUUCGCAGCCCACGGAUGCGAUUAAAAAGAUGGAGAAGGCUAUCGAUGAUCUUGCCGGAGUCACUGCCCUGAAGACGCUUCAGGCGCGGGCCGGCUGGCCAAAAGGCGAUGCCGACGAGUCCAUCAAGAAGCUCGAGGCAGCCUUGCUGCAGCUGAGGCUCGAGCUGUGCGUGGGCGAGAAGACGUAUGAUGGCGCUGGCGCGUGCGACGCGAAGAAGCCGAUGCACUUGGACGAUUGCGAGAACAUCAGCUGGACGCCGGCGCGCUCCGACUGGAACCCGAACCCGCAGCCUCUUUACACCGUCCACUAUUUGGCGCGCGCGAAACCGGAUGAGGACGAUGAGCGCAUCUUGAAGGUGCAACACGUGGCGCGGGGCAUGUGGUACUACAAGAUUCCGAUGUUGGAGGAGAAGCGGACCAAAAAAUCAUGGCUCGAGUGGCGGCAGACUGCCCAGGAGUUCACGGACGCAGACUUCGACAAGGACAAGUACAUCGUGCCGCUGCGCACCAGCCGCGGCAAGGCGGGUGGCCUCAAUUUUCGGUGGCGGACUUAUUCGAUUACACCAUGCACGUGGCCCCUUCGGACAGGACCGCCAUGGAAUCUGCGCGGUUCAAGUAUGCCCUGUUCAGUAUCGCCGACGCCCGUCACCAAUACCAGCCUGAUUUCAUGCACGAGACUGUUCCAUUCUUCUUCCUCAAGCAGAGCAGGGCUCAGAGAGAGAUAG